GUCUCUCGCAGAAAAAAAAAAAAAGGAAGCGAAACCCUCGCUUCUCUGUCCAAGGAAAAAAAAAAAAAUUCAGCCCAACGUCUCUCUGACUGCUCCCUGAAUCUCUCUCGGAUCCAUGGAUCCACCUCUCGCUCCUCCCUACAUACCGCCCCCCUUCGCCCCUCCUCCGCCGUCGGCCCCUCCUCCACCGUCGGCCCCACCGGCGGCCGCCGUGGAGGCCCCCGCGGCCGCUCCCGCUCCCGCUCCCGCCGGGGGCGAAGCUCAGAACCACUCGACCCAUGUCGCGGCAAACCCGACUCCGGCCGUUGCUCCUGCUCACAACCACCCUCCUUACGCUGAGAUGAUAUACGGAGCAAUCGGAGCUCUGAAAGAGAGGGACGGGUCGAGCAAGAGGGCCAUAGCCAAGUUCAUCGAGAAGACCUACGCGGACCUGCCGCCCACUCACUCGGCCCUGUUGACUCACCACCUUAAGCGCCUCAAGAACAGUGGCCACCUCGUCAUGGUCAAGAAAUCCUACAAGCUCCCCGGAUCUGGCGACGUCAGCACCGCCCCGAACCUGCCCGCCGCCCCGGAGGGCUCGGAGUCGAAGCGGCGCCGCGGCCGCCCGCCUAAGGCCAAGCUGGAGGUGUUUGCUGCGCCGCCUGCUCCUGCUGGGGUUGCUGAGCCUGUGCUCGUGAGCCAAGGCACAGAUGGCGGUCCCGUGCCCAUCCCUGUACCUGUGCCUGAGGAUGUCCCGGCCAAGAGAGGCCGGGGGCGUCCACCAAAGAGUGGCAUGGCCACGAGUCGUGUGGGCCGCCCCCUGAAGCAGAGUAUUGCGGCUAUGCUGGCAAAUGGCGUGCAGAAUGGGCCAAAGCCCAGGGGCCGGCCUAGAAAGAAUGCUGGUGUUGUUUCUGACGUGGCUUCCACUGGCGAAGCACUAGCGGUAUUUGGGAAGAGGCGGGGCCGGCCGCCAGGUAGCGGCAGGGGGAAGAGGCCAGCGGUGGCGUCAACAACAAGUAGGAGCACAGGCAGACCCAUGGGCAGACCCAGGAAGAAUGCGGCACUUGGAGCUUCUUUGGCAGCAGGGUCCAGUGAUGAAUUUCGCCGGACAUUGGAAUAUAUCCAAUCGAAGAUCAAGGAAGCAGUUGGUGUCCUGAGGCCUCACUUGACUAGUUCGAUUAGCGCUGUUGAUGCAAUUCAAGAGUUGGAAGCCAUUACAACAAUAGACUUCGCUGCAGUGCCGGUUGUAGGCUCAAGUUCCGUCGCGCCGAGCUGAGGGACAAGUUGCGCGGCUGUAGAUCUUGGACUCUGUUGUGAGAAUCAGAAUAGAUGGGAGGAUCAGUUUAGCUGUACAAUUUGUUCUAACAGAGACUUCACAAGAGAAAGGGGUCUGUAAAGCUGAGUGUAGGGGUGUGGCAAGUUCUAGUAUUGGUUAGUGUUAAUCCGGUAGGAGGAUUUUAUCUGAACGUGGGAGUUCUUUUUCCUUUGUGCAGCAAUCAGGUGAUACAUCGUUGUUCCGCAUUUUAGUUAAUCUGUAUCGUGUUGUUGCAAUUGCAGAUUUGGCUACAAUUCGCCUCUCUCCUGGAAUAAAUAUCGAACAUUUAUCAGCA